GAUAGAAACGAAGUGAGACAGCAGGGGAUUGAUACAGUGAGUUACUGAGAUAAAUGUCUAAUAACUAAAAUAGAAUGUAGAAAGACAUAGAGUUACAAAACAAACACAGAAAAGUACAAAUGAGUGAGGAAGUCACAAACAGACAUAUUUCCAGGCAGUUGUUUUGAAACUGAUCCGCAUAAGUGCAGGGAGAUGAACACACAGAAAGAAGCAGUCAUAUAGGAGCCAUAUACUGGAAAAAUUACAAGCAUACAAAUCACAGAAGAAAUGAACAUAUAUGUCAUUGAAAAGAAAACUACAAACAAAAAGUAAGGCACCCAUAUUCAGAAUUGUGGACUGAGAGAAAAUCAUUAUAACAGAUAUAGUCAGACAAAGAGAUAUACAUCAGGGAAAAUGACAAGUUGAGGGAGUACUUUUGCAAAUUGAGAUCCAAGCAUAAAGGAUCAAGGAAUACCCUACAGCUUCAAGCAAAGUACUGGAUGGAAAAAGUGUGUACAAGAGAAGAAGCAAUCCAGAUAUUAAAAGGAAAAGGAUUAUUUCAUCCUGCUGGGCUCUGUUAUGGCAGUCUUUUCUCCUCUGUUUUGUACUUGGGGCCUUCCUUACAGGAAUAUUAAAGACAAAAAUAUGAUCUUUGCUCUGGACAUAUCUGAGAGCAUGUAUUCCAAACUAGAAGCAGUGAAGUACUAUCUAAUCCAGACCCUGUUCACUCAGGCCUAUGCACUGAUUAACUGCAAAUUCAACAUUAUUGCAUUUGCUGGCAAGGUUGCAAAAUACUGUGAUAAUUUGAUUGAUUGCACACCUCAGGCAGUGGAGAAAAUUAUCCCAUGGAUCAGAUCUCUGGAGUGUCAAACUGGUAGAAACAUGCAACAUGCUUUAGCUGUUGCAUUAGAUGAUCCAGCAACAGAUGCAGUUUACCUAAUAACAGAUGGGAUACCUGACAUCAAACCUCAGGAAGUCUAUACUAUCUUGAUGAAUGCAGCAAAGGGUCGACCAGUACACACGCUUUAUGUGAUGGAAAGUUAUAAUGAAUCUGAAGUUCAUGAGUGCUUGGAAAAGAUAGCGUGGCAGACUGGUGCUUCCUUUCAAGCAGCAAGACUCAACACAAGUGAAUCAACAAAACAACUUAUCCCAGUCUACCAAUUCAAUUACUCUGAUCCAAUAAGAACAAACUCUACAGAGAUGAAUUGCUGCAGCAUGGCUGCUGCAUUGAGUGUGGAUCCCUACAACCGAACUGCACCGUUACAUGUAGCUGUGCCUUUCAGAUCUCUUCCCUGUAGCUGCAGUACAUUGCAUCCUUACGAUGUGAAGAUUAUAACAAAAGGAGAUUUAGUUGAUUCCUAUGCGGGACAGCUGAUAAGGGGAGUUCGUGUUUUGGCUCAAAGGGAAUAUGAUGGAUUUUAUUAUCUGGGAAGACUUGGCCAAGAGGUUAAGGGAUGUCCAGGUCGAUUCCUGGUGCAGUUUGACAAGGAUAAGAAAACAAAACGAAAGGUCCAUUGCCGCAUGCAUGAAACUGCCCUUCAUGAUAUCAUACACUAUGAAGAUGCUCAAAGACAUGCCAUUGGACCGGGAUGCAAAGUCUUGGCACCAUGGGAGAUUGACAUGGACUGUUAUGGCCCAGGGACGGUGUUACAAGGAAGAGAGGAACGAGGGUUAAAUUCAGAUCAUGCAUGCGCUGAAGGUUUGAUAGUGAACUUCUGGAAUGGUAGAACGGAGAAGGUUCAACCUGGAAUAGCUAUAUGGAUCCCUGUGUUUCAGAGUCAGCGAAUCAUUUUGGAACUCCAGAUGACGACCACAGCUAAACAGAAACUUCUGGAAACUUACCCUGAUUAUCCACAAGUUGUGCCACCCGGGUACAGAGGAUUACAGAGAAGUAUGGAGCCUGUAUAUCAUUUCAGGGGCAUUCAUUCCGAUCGCAGUCAAGCAGUGUGGAUCCCCUAUAACCCAGCAAGAUCACUGAGCCUUGAUGGAGUAUUUCCUGUCAAGUCUGUUGCUUCUAGAAGUGAAUUAAAAAAUGAAAAGGUCCUUGGAAUUAAACUGACUACAGCAGAUCUGAAUCAGAAAGUAACAGACCAACUCACUCAACAUGAUCUAACUGUUCUGUCAAAAUCACUAAUGAAGAAAAAGAAUGGCUCUGGAGAAGUUGGUGGAACAGGAAACAAGUCUUCCCCUGACAGGAUCACUGACAAAAUGACCAUAAAGUGUAAAUCUGCUAACCUGGUUGAUAUGAGCCGGCCUAAGUCUACAAUUGCAAGUAGAGCCUUAAAUACUGACUGUGGGCUGUUGAAUCUUCAUCAAGGCACAAAGAAGAGGAAAGAAAAGGAUGCUUUUAUGUCUGGCAAAAGGAUCCCCUCAAUUCCUCCUCAGAAGAUAUCUGGCCAUUCUGGAGAAUGAUCUUCUGCAACUUUUGGCGGUUGCUCUUCUUCGGCGGUUGGCAAUUGCAAAUGCUCACAUUGACAAAAUGUAACAGAUCAGACUUUGAAUAGGUUUAAGGCAGAGAUUGAUAGAUGUCUGAUUACCAUGAAGUACUGGGUUAUGGUGAUGGGUGAGUAAAAGGCACUGAAGUAUAUGAUCAGCCACAUGCAAUAUUGAUUGGCAGGUUUAAUGGUCUAUCCUGUUCCAAUAUUCCUAACAGACUGAGGCCUUGCUGUACUAGUAAGUUGCUCUUGACCUUAAUGCUCGCCCUUCAUUAUUUUCAUUAAUCAACCUGUUCAGACAUGUUACAACACACCUCCAUGGCAGGUAGGACUUGAAGCCCAGAGAUAGAGAUACCAUCAUAACCACAAGAUCCUCUUGAAGUUACUUUUAGAUAGCUGUGCGCCUCUCCAUAUUGUAAUGAUGGUAUAUUUGGCACAUUAUGGUGGGCAGAGGUCCUGCCUAUUUGACUUCCAGUUGUUCACACCAGCAUUUCAGAGCUCCAGUGUUAUCAACAAGUGUAUUAACCAUAUUUAUAGCAUUUCCUAGCUGCAAAAUAAAUAGUUCCAACUCAGAUUGUUGUGAGGCUUAAAUGCAGAGCAUAAUCCUAACAAACACUCUAAAUAAGAUAAUAGAACAAAUAUAUGCAAAAUAAAAUUCACUUUGUACACUUGAAUAGAUAACAGCACGGAGUUAAUAUCAUUCUCUCUACUUGGCUAUCAAGUGCUUCCAAGUAAGAUUUUGCACCUGAAACAUUGAUUAAUUAUACCCAAGCAUUUCUGGGGUUUGUUCCCUUAUUGUAAAUGUCAGAUGCUUAAACUUAUCCAUAGCAUUUUGGUUCUAAUUUCUUUUAGUUACCGUUCUCUUUCAAAAAUGUUACCUGUGAUAUAUAUCUAGUUUCGUAAUUUAUUAACAUUGUUUUCUCUAUUUUCUGUCAUAUCAUAGAUUGCCUCCUUUGCACUACAAACACUGUUGGAAAGGAAAAUUUUCAAUGGAUUUUUUUUUAGUAUUUCUGAUCAUUGUUCUAGCAGUGUAUAUCUAUCCACAAAUUUAACUCUGGUCAGAACUAGAAGUUUAUCAAUUCUUGAUACUUUGGCACAUUUCAAUAACUUAAGUACCAGCACUGACUGGCGGGUAGGAGUUCUAAAUGAAAUUUCCGCAGCCUUACACACAGAAUUCCAUUAUGUGCUCUUCUAUGGUGCUAGCAUGUCUUUCUAAAUUUAUCAAAAUCUGACAUCUCUCAUCAAUUGUCAAAAAAUAAUCUUUCUGGUAAAUUUUAUCCAUGUUAAAAUAAGUUAGCAAUUUGUCCAAUCCUUUAUCCAUCUUCAAAUCAUCAAACUCCAUUUCCAAAAAAAAGCCUUUGCUCUUAUCCUGCUUCUGGAUGUUAACUAAAAUGUGCAGGCUAUAUCUUGAUUCCUCUUUGUUAAAGAAGUAACCCAGAUGCUUUAUUCUUCCACUGGUCAUAAGCCUCAUUUUCAGAAAUCUUUACAUAUUGACUCAACCAUCUUCUGCUAUCAAUUUCCCUAUGAGCUGUUAAAUUGAAGUUUAAAUUUCUCUUUAAAACUUAUGGUUACAAUGGGAAUCUUAAAACUUUCCACUGAUUCUCAAUUCAAGUAGAUUUUCUUAGAGUUUGUCCACAGUUCACCACUCUU